CGGCCAUGGCUCCUCACCACAGCACAACAAGCAGAGCAGAGCCUAGCUUCUUCCUGAACCCAACUCCAUCAACCAACGCAGGCUCGUCCUAGCUAGUUCCACCAGCAACAUGUCGGACAAGUGCGGCAACUGCGACUGUGCUGACAGGAGCAAGUGCACGAAGGGCAACAGCUAUGGCGUCGUCGUAGUCGACACCGAGAGCAGCCGCGUCGAGCGCCGCGAGGAGGAGGAGGUCGCCGCCGGCGAGAACGACGGCAAGUGCAAGUGCGGCACCAGCUGCGGCUGCGGCGCCAGCUGCAACUGCGGCCACUGAAGAAGCCCGCCGCGUCGUCCAUGGCCUGCGUGCACACUCCCCAUCCAGUACCCAUCCUGUACCUGUAUGUACGUCGUCGAUCACAGCGUAUAAAUAAAAUUAAAUAAACCGCCAUGCCCGUGUUGAAUACGUACGUACGUCGUGUCCUAUGUGACCUGCUGCGUCUCCGCUGCUGUCGUGCAUGUGACCAGCAACCACCUGUAGCUACCUACCUGUCUUUGUGACGACGCAUGCAUGUACGUAUCUCUGUUAUGUGCAAUGAAAUCUACUGUGUGCUUUGACUACUAAGUAAA